UAAAAGUGAAUGGUUACUGAAACUAUCAUUCUCCCUAACAUCUCCUUUUAAGUUCCAUGGAAGAAAGAAAGUCAUACAGGUUUGCAACAACACGAAGGUCAACAUGGCCCAGUGGAAUCAGUUACAGCAGUUAGAGACGCGGUACCUGGAGCAACUGUACCACCUGUACAGUGACAGCUUCCCCAUGGAGCUACGGCAGUUUCUGGCCCCCUGGAUCGAGAGCCAGGAUUGGGCGUAUGCAGCCAAUAAGGAGUCUCACGCCACAUUGGUGUUCCAUAACCUGCUGGGGGAGAUUGAUCAGCAGUACAGCCGCUUCCUGCAGGAGAACAAUGUCCUGUACCAACACAACCUGCGGCGCAUCAAACAGCACCUACAGAGCAAGUAUCUGGAGAAGCCCAUGGAGAUCGCUCGCAUCGUGGCCCGCUGCCUGUGGGAAGAACAGCGUCUGCUGCAGACAGCCACCACUGCACAGCAGGAUGGCCAGGUUGCCCACCCCACUGGUACCGUGGUGACAGAGAAACAGCAGAUACUGGAACACAACCUGCAGGACAUCAGGAAGAGAGUACAGGACAUGGAACAGAAGAUGAAGAUGUUGGAGAACCUUCAAGAUGACUUUGACUUUAAUUACAAAACUCUCAAGAGUGCUGGAGAGUUGUCCCAGGACCUGAAUGGAAACAGCCAGGCAGCAGCCACCAGGCAGAAGAUGUCUCAACUGGAGCAGAUGCUGAGUGCUCUGGAUCAGCUGAGGAGGCAAAUAGUGACUGAGAUGGCAGGGCUGCUGUCUGCCAUGGACUUUGUACAGAAGAAUCUGACGGAUGAGGAGCUGGCUGACUGGAAGAGGAGACAGCAGAUCGCCUGCAUCGGAGGACCACCAAACAUCUGCUUGGACCGCUUGGAGACAUGGAUCACCUCUUUGGCUGAGUCACAGUUGCAGAUCAGACAGCAGAUCAAGAAGUUAGAGGAGCUUCAACAGAAGGUGUCAUAUAAAGGAGAUCCGAUCAUUCAACACCGCCCUGCUCUGGAGGAGAAGAUUGUAGACUUGUUCCGAAACCUUAUGAAGAGUGCAUUUGUCGUUGAGAGGCAGCCUUGUAUGCCCAUGCACCCUGACCGACCUCUUGUCAUCAAAACAGGAGUUCAGUUCACAACCAAAGUCAGAUUACUAGUGAAAUUCCCGGAGUUGAAUUACCAGCUAAAGAUCAAAGUGUGCAUUGACAAGGAGUCAGGGGAUGUGGCAGCCAUUCGAGGCUCUCGUAAGUUCAACAUACUUGGCACCAACACUAAAGUGAUGAACAUGGAGGAAUCCAACAAUGGCAGCCUUUCAGCAGAGUUUAAACAUCUGACUCUACGAGAGCAGAGAUGUGGCAAUGGAGGCCGAACCAACAGUGAUGCAUCACUGAUUGUGACUGAAGAACUGCACUUGAUCACAUUUGAAACAGAGGUUUACCAUCAAGGCCUAAAGAUCGACCUUGAGACACACUCUCUCCCAGUGGUGGUCAUCUCUAAUAUCUGUCAAAUGCCAAACGCAUGGGCGUCCAUCCUGUGGUACAACAUGCUGACCAACCAUCCCAAGAAUGUAAAUUUCUUCACCAAACCUCCAGUAGGAACAUGGGAUCAGGUGGCUGAGGUGCUGAGCUGGCAAUUUUCUUCCACAACUAAGAGAGGACUGACCAUUGAACAGCUCACUACACUUGCGGAGAAACUGCUGGGUCCUUGUGUGAACUACUCUGGUUGCCAAAUCACAUGGGCCAAGUUCUGCAAAGAGAACAUGGCAGGAAAAGGUUUCUCUUUCUGGGUGUGGCUAGACAAUAUAAUUGACCUAGUGAAGAAAUAUAUUUUGGCACUAUGGAAUGAAGGGUAUAUAAUGGGCUUUAUCAGUAAAGAAAGAGAGAGAGCGAUCCUGAGCCCAAAGCCUCCUGGAACAUUCCUUCUGCGCUUCAGUGAAAGCAGCAAAGAGGGAGGCAUAACCUUUACCUGGGUGGAGAAAGACAUCAAUGGUAAGACCCAGAUCCAGUCCGUGGAGCCGUACACUAAGCAGCAGCUCAACAGUAUGUCAUUUGCUGAGAUCAUCAUGGGCUACAAGAUCAUGGAUGCCACCAACAUCCUGGUCUCUCCAUUGGUCUACCUCUACCCGGAAAUCCCUAAAGAGGAGGCAUUUGGCAAGUACUGCCGCUCUGAGCCUCAACCUGACACCGAGUUUCCUGACUCUGGGUGUGUUAUUCAGCCAUACCUGAAGACCAAGUUUAUCUGUGUCACCCCACAGGAGCACAUGCAAAAUACUUCUCCCUGUUCUGUGUUCACCAUGGAUCAGGAAUAUAACUUCUACUGAAACCUCCAAGGAGCCUUCCCAUCAUCUUUUUUAGUAACAGUGUUACACAGGAAGAGGGAGAGAGAGAGAGAGAGAGAGAGAGCUCAAAGGCAUAAUUUUCAAGCUCUAUCACACAGAGUUCAGGGCUACAUUUGUCCUUUAGUUGUAAAGCACACUUAGCUUGUGGGUAACUAUUGUGUAAACACUUUGUAGCCAUGUGACUUCUGAUCUUAACUUUUAUUGUAGACAUUUAGAAAAUAAAAAAUAAAAAUCAACUGAAGAAAAAACAAAACAAGAAAAAAAAAAAAACACAUUUUAAUGUCAGUGUGAAAUCAAACUGACCCUAUUAAUACAUGUUCUUGGCCUUAUUAUCAAUUAGACUCUGAAAUGACUUUUCUUUACGGCUGACAUUGCCUAGCCAUCUUAUUUUUCAACCCAUCCGCUACAAUGUCCUGUCAUUUAUUAGCUUUUCACACUUUUUUAUUUGUUAACCCAGGGUCAUUCUUAACCCUGGACAAACGUAUGCCUGGGUUAUCAUUCCAUGUUUCACACUGUUUGUACUUAACAGUGGGUUAGUGAUUAACACUGUAUAUACUGUAUUAAACACAGUUUGUUUCUUUUAAAAAUUACAAGUGUGAAACAUUGCUUAACCCAAGGUUAAAAGUGUCCCUUAAAUUAUUCCAAGAUUUGGUGUAGUGUGAAAAGCCUUAUAGAGGGAUGAAUUUCAUGAUGCAGUCAAAUGCUGAAGGAGAAACUCAAGUUCCGCCAUACUUUUUUUCUCAUCCUGUUUCACUUGGAAAUACGUCACAUUACAGAAAUCAAUUGAACAACGUUUCAUGUUGACUUUAAGGGGAAUAUACCUUUUAUAAUGCUGAGAGUGCUUAAUGUACAUUUUAGCAAGUCUGUUUUCUUGAACUGAUUACAUUAUUGAAUCUAAUGAGGUAGUCCAUUGUAAUACUUUUACAGUAAACAUGGUAAACUGUAACACAUCAAACUGCACAUACCCCACUGUAUUUUAGGUAACAGGUUUGGCUACAUAAACCGACUUAAAGUUAUAAUAAAAACUGCUUCAAAUACUUGACAUAAGAAUCACAAAUACUUCUUUGUGUUUAUAGAGGGGUUGGAGGCCAUCUAUGUGCCUGCAUGUGUGUGUGUU